AUGAUUUCGUUUGUUAAGGAGCGGCUGGAAGAUGCUCGUGAAGCGAGUCAUGCGUCGCCAAUGGCAACACAACGGAGUCGACAACGGGCUUAUCUUAAACCGGCUUUGGAUCCAGAAAAUACUGUGAUUGUAUUCCCGAGUGAUGAAUCAGUUCCUAUGGGGAUAGAGGUGACGGGUGUGCAUGACGAUCCAGCGUCGACAAGUGGACGUCUAUCUGCCGUACAAAUUUUGCGAAUAGAACCUGAUGGUCGGGUUGGAAUGGAUGGUCGGCUAGCCGUUGGUGACAAUAUUGUUGAAAUAGACUACCGACCGGUUUAUCAGAUGUCGAUUGUCCGUGCCAGAGCCUAUCUGAGCGAGUUACAAUCACGUGCUGAGCCAUCGUUGACCGUGGCUCGACCACCAUCCUCGUUUGCAGACGAUCCGUUCACAAGAAGUCAGCCUGGCACGUCAUCGCUGCAAAAUCGACCGAUCUUAUCAGCACUUCAGCAAGCGAACACUGUUCAUAUCGGUCAUACGAGAGUGGUAGAGCUGAAGAAAAGUAAGGGAUACUCGACCUACUCUCUUUUUUUCUAA